UUUCAAAGAUGACAGAGAACUGUUUCCUGCUUCACGUUACCUUCUGGAAAGUACAGGGAGAAGAAAUUGGUGUCGUCAUGACACCACACUGAAGGGGAAGAACCAGCGCUGAAACUUCAGAGCACCAGGACAGAAUGAGCAGCUCUAAGACAUCAAAGUGCAUAGAGCAGGAGCAAGCAGGCGGGAGGGAUGGAGGAUAGUCUUACCAAGCGCCGUUAGCAAAACAUCUCUCACGCUAGCGGCCGAGCCGCCGGCCGCCUAGCAACAACAUUGCUUCUUGCAACAGCUCUUCUGCUGCCAACAGCCAUGCCAGCCGCAGCCACACGAGCCACAGGGGUGACAGUAGCGGUGGCAGCAGCAGACCACGGGGGUACUGCAACAGCCCCCACAGCAGCCGCAGCAGCAGGGGCAGCAGGCCGAGCAACAGCCCACCCGGUAGCACCUGCAGGUGGUGCAGCCCCAGCCGCCGCCACAACUUCCGCAGCCACAGCAGCCCAUGGCGUCAGGAGAGAGGACUCAGGAGGGAGUAGUGAGGAGGGAGACUCGGGAGGCGAGGGAGGUCUGAGGCCCUUUGCUUCACUGACCCUUAUAUAUCCACCUCGGGGCCCAACUCAGGGCAUGUGGCCACUUCCUUGUUGUGGUUUCCACCAGCUUCCUUGGCCGAAUUCCACAAGACCCUGAAUGUAUUUCCUCAUUGAACACCCCUGACUUCAUACAAUUGGCUUGUUUUAGCAUUUGCUUCUUCCUCAAGUUGUGCACCUAAUAAGACAACAUGCUUCUGAAACGUUUAAUCUUGUUUGCAUCUAGCAGUCUUCAAGUGCAAGGAUGACCUUCAAGUGCAAGGACUCUCCCUUGAUGAAAGCUCAUGCAUCCUGUGAGCAUCAGGAUCCCUCUGCCAAGUGUGUGUCUUUCCCUUGGUUACAGACGGACCCUUCUCUUCUUUCAGAUGGUCUUUGCUGAAUGCUAGAGAAGGUGGGAUCCCCCUUGGGGAAGCAAAGCAUCCCCAUUUGCCUCUUUUCACAUGUCAUAAAGCGCUGAGGCUAGAAAGUCCAACAGUUUUCUCAUUGAUUUUCAGAUUCACUUUGUCCUUGGAUCAUGGGUCAAAAUAUGGGAAAGUCACUUGGAAAGGGAUUGCUCUGCGGCUGGAGGGCUUGUGAUGAUGUAUUUCAAAAUGAGCUUCCCACGCCAGCUCAUGUCUCCCUGUGUUCUGCACUCAUGGGGUAGUGGACGGAGCCAAGUUGGCUCCAAGGCCCAGAGAAAGCCAUGGUCCCUCUGUGCCUCAGUUUCCUUCGUUGAGGUCAAGUCAUGUCUAUUUUUUUUUUAAAGUAGAUUAUAUAUAUGUAUUUUUGGAAUCUUUUAUUUUUUUAAUUUAAAUUCAAUUAAUUAACAUAUAAUGUAUUAUUGGUUUCAGAGUAAAGUAGACUAUAUUUUUUAGACCAGUUUUAGGCUCACAGCUAAACUGAUCUGAAAGUUCUGAGAUUCCCCAUGCACUCCCUGUCCCCACAUGCAGCCUCCCCCGCCAUCAGCGUCCUGCCCCUGAGUGGGACAGUUGUCACAAUGGAGGAACCUAACACGACGUGUCAUUGUCUCCCGAAAUCCACUCUUUACUCUCCGGGUCGCUUUUGGGGUUAUAAAUUCCUUGAGUUUUGGUAAAUGUAUAAUGACAGGUAACCACCAUUAUAGUAUCAUACAGAGCAGUGUUCUGCCUAUUUGUCCCUCUUUCCCCCCAAAUGUCUGUCUCCAGUUUUACCUUUUCCAGAAUGUCUUAUCACUGAAAUAAUCCAUGUUUAAUUUGAAAAAUACGCAGUUGACUCUUGAACAACUCAGUUGGAACUCCAUGGUUUCACUUAUAAGUGGAUUUUUAUUCGAUAAAUAUAGUACAACAGUGUAAAUGUGUUUUCUCUGCCUUGUGAUUUUCUUUCUUUUUUUUUUUUAAGAUUUUAUUUAUUUGACAGAGAGAGAGGAACACAAGCGGGGGCAGUGGGAGAGGGAGAAGCAGGCUUCCCGCUGAGCAGGGAGCCCAAUGCGGGGCUCGAUCCCAGGACCCUGGGAUCAUGACCCGAACUGAAGGCAGACGCUUAACGACUGAGCCACCCAUGUGCCCCUGCCUUGUGAUUUUCUUAACAGCAUUUUCUUUUCUCUAGCUUAUUUUAAAGAACAUAGUAUAUAAUAUAUAUAACAUAUAAAACGUGUGAAUCAAUGUUUGGUGUUAUCAGUAAGGCUUCUGGUCAACAGUAGACUAUUAGUAGUUAAGUUUUCAAGGAGUCAAAGGUUAUAUUUCAAACUGUGUGGGGGUUUGGUGCCCCAAUCCUGCAUUGUUCAAGGGUCAACUGUAUGUAAGUUACGCUCUGCCUAGAUUGUAUGGCCAAGCCUAAAAUAAUCACAGCAAGAUCUUGACUAGUACUUACUGAGGUUCACAGUAAAUGUAGGAAACCGGCUUUAUCAUUGUAGCUUCUAUUUCUAGCUUUUGUAGAAGAAAGGAACUAAUCACAAGUGUGUAGUAUUUAACUCCAUUCCAGGUACUUUAUCGUGGUUAAUGUCAGUGCAGUCCUAGGAGGUAAAUGCCAUUAACAUUGGUUCAAAGGGGUCAAGGUACGUGCUGAGUGUCACAUCUGGGGUCUGAGCCAGGAUUCGGACUCAGCUCUGCCUCACCCUGGCUGAGCAUAACAAAGGGACAGCCAUGUUUUCUCAGAACCUACUGCUGAAACGUCCAGGCUCUAUUUUUCCUUUCCAUUGUAACUGAGAUUCAACAUCACUCGCAGGGAUUACAAUUAAUUCCUGUCAUAUUUAACGUAUGUUGUGAAGAACAGUGGUUCUUUGAGGCUACGCCCCUCUGCAGAAAUGCCUGCAAUGGAUCACCCAUCACUUCUGAAGGAGCUCCAGUGUCUCAUUAUCACUUGGGUCCCCUCUGCAAAUGUCACCAUAGGUUGCAAAGCCUGGGGGAAUGGCACAUGACCUUGGCCUUCACGACCAAGUUUAAUUUCUUGGAUUUUUUUAUAGUCAGAAAAAUACCAUGACUGGUCAUUAAAAGAAAAUUAUAUUUCAAGAAAGAUAACUCACCACCCUUAUUUCUUCACCUGUGGCCUCUUGAGAGAUUUCUGGUUUUAUUCAAAGCUCAACUGAAACAUCUUGUGUCUAUAUCAUCACUGCCCACAAAGCAUUGUGCACUCCUUCCUUGCCACUUUUUCUAUUCCUUUUUUCUGUCUUCAUGUUGCCAGAUUAUACACCUUGUGUCCCUGACCAGACUAAGUUCCUUGAAGUCUGGGAUCAUAUUUUAUUUAUGUUUUCAUCCCUGUAUCAGGAACACAGAAGUGAACUGAGAAAGGGGCAGAUUGGUGGGAGGUGAGUCCCAAAUGCAUAGGCUGAAAUCCUAACCCCCAUUGUGAUGGUAUUAGGAGGUGGGGCCUUGGGGAGGGGAUCAGGUCAUGAGGGUGAGCCCUCAUGAAUGGGAUUAGUGCCCUUAUUCAGGGACCCCAGAGAGCUCUCACCUCCUCUUUCCACUAUAUGGAGAUACAUUGGGAAGUCUGCAACCACAAAGAGGGCUGUCACCGAAACCCACCAUGGUGGCAUUCUGAUCUUGGAUUUCCAGCCUCCGGAACUGUGAGUGUUUUAUAGGCCACCCAGUCUGUGGUAUUGUGUUCGAGCAGCCCAAACUAAGACAGAUGUGAUCAGGCAAAGUAACUUGGGCCAAAGAUAUAUCCCACUGAAGGCUUCCAAAAAGACACUGAGGAGGACGAAGUGGCAGAUCUUGGAAAAGAUGGGGUCUUCCUACCCAGCCUGUAAGCAACAGGAAUAGAGGGGGAAGGAGGCAUGGGAUAAGCCUUGGGCCAAAGUUACAAGAUGGCAGAUUUGUCCACGGCAUUCUCCCAGCUCUGUUUUUAUGGCUUCUUUCCUAUUUCUUGAAUUACUGCCUUUCUAUUCCCUGCAACCUAGGUCUCUUGGAAGCCAUUUUGAGCUCCCUGGGGUACAACGUAGUAUAAAAAGUUUUUGUCCCCAGGCCCCUUUGCCUGCCUUCCUGUCUUCACAGCCGCGCUUGUGCAGCCAGGAGUCAGAAGGCAAGCCUGCUGGCCCAACCAAGGCACCCGCCCCUUUCCCUCACCAAGCAUCGCCUGAGUUUCUCUGUCUUCCUUUCUUCCCCUCCUGUGGGGAUGAAACACAGAACGUUGGGUUGUGCUGACUAGCAAAACAACAUAGACUCACGUGGCUUUUUGUUUUGUUUUGUUUUUGUGCUUUGCUCUACUUCAUUUUUCAAAAGGGGUUAGGAUUUCAUUCUGUUGGCAUCACUAGCAUUUCCUGUCGUUUUCUUACUACUCCCUGCCUGCCUCCCAGUGGUAUUUGACACAAAAGAAACUGAUGAGAACACAACUCAAUUGACUCCAUCCAACACACAUUUUUCUCAGUAUGGUGGCAGGGGGCGGGGGUCAGUCAGCGUGGGCAAGGCCCUCCCUGGCCUCAUUCACCAGCCACCCCACGUACUUUACCCCUCCUGAAUCAUAUGUCCCGGGGAUUCUGUCCAAAAAUUUAAAAAGAAAAAAGAAUUUCCUACAAUAUCCUUUUGUGGACUUCAAGGGCUAGUUUUAAACUCUCAUCCUUUGCCUGAGUGCUAGGAUGUAGGUUAUUUCCCUUAUAUUUCAGUGGGGCUCUUGAUCUCAGUGGGGAGUGAUUUUGCCUCCUGGGGACAUUUGGCAAUUUCUGAAGACAUUUGUGUUGUCAUUACCAGGAGAGAGGUUGUCAUAACUAGUCAGAGGCUGGGGAUGCUGCUCAACAUCCUAGAAUGCAUAGGACACCCCCCACAGCAAGGAGAUGUCUGGCUCAAAAUAUCAGUAGUGCCAAGGUGAGGAACCCCUACCACUGUUUUACCUUUCCAAAGUAUUUCUGAAGUAUUCCUCAUCUAUUAUUCCAAAGCAAUAUAAUUGCCUGAGACUCACCUAAAAAAAUAUAUUUCUCAAUAAUAAAGAAGCAUUCAGCCUUUGACAUAGACGAUGUUCUGUGCUGGGAGGUUCCGUAAUGGACCAUUUUGUGCCAUUAUUUGGUGUGUGCUUUAGAAAAGGAUCUAAGGCUGGGUGUAUGGUCACCUAUAUGAGACCAGUGGAAACUGGCAAUAUGGAUUAUGUCAGUAGCUUUCAAAUAUGCCUUGAAUAUUAAUUUUAAAAUAGAUGUACAUAGUUAAAAUAUUUCUCUUCAUCUAUCUGCCAUUGUGGGUCAUACCAUUUUUCACGUAGAGUUUCCUCUUAGAUAUCAGUUGAUAAAAACUUCCCAAGCACUCAGAUUCAUUUUUUGUUCUAAUUAGGAAAUGCCUUCGUAUUUUAAAUGCAAUCAGAAUCGUACCAGAAAAAAGAUGAGCCCUUCCAAAUAUUUACUUGUGCUUUCUAAGCAGCCUCACUAGGUGAAAUGUACCGCUCAGCGAACACGGUGACCUGCUUUACAAGUCUGUGGCGGGGAGUAGGGCUUUCAUUCUUUGCUAAACAAUCUCUGAUGAGGGUAGCAAGGCUGAUUCUGCAGUUGGCAAUACCAUUUCAGCAUGACACUCCUUUUAUUUUUCUAGUCUUUGGUAAGAGGACUUCUGGGCUGAGCACGGAAAUAGCCCCGUCAUGAUGUUAGUUGUUGCUCGGCGGUCAGCCACAGGAAGUUGUGUUGCGUGGGCUUCCUUAGCUUGUCCGUGGCUGUUGACAGCAUCCCCUUUUUCCAUGGCUCCCAGGAGCCCUUACUGGAAUUUUUAGGGCAUUUAUUUGACUUAGAAAAAUAAACAAAUAACCUAAUAAAUCUAGCUGACAUCACGAAAAGGGAAGUCAUUAAUAUAUUAUGAGGUUUUUCCCAUGAUGACUGAACUAAAUAGCAACAGGGAAGUGGUCAUGUGUCUCACUGUCCCUACCUGCACGGUUGGUACAUAAGGGGCUCCCCCCGCGGACAGCGGCACCAGACCUCCCUCGCCUCCCGAGUCUCCCUCCUCACUACUCCCUCCUGAGUCCUCUCUCCUGACGCCAUGGGCUGCUGUGGCUGCGGAAGUUGUGGUGGCUGCGGCGGCGGCUGCGGUGGCUAUGGUGGCGGCUGCGGCAGCUGCACCACCUGCAGGUGCUACCGGGUGGGCUGUUGCUCGGCCUGCUGCCCCUGCUGCUGCGGCUGCUGUGGGGGCUGUUGCAGUACCCCCGUGGUCUGCUGCUGCCACCGCUGCUGUCACCCCUGUGGCUCGUGUGGCUGCGGCUCGCAUGGCUGCUGCGGUGGGAAGGGCUGUUGGCAGCAGAAGAGCUGUUGCAAGAAGCAAUGUUGCUGCUAGGCGGCCGGCCGGCCUCUGGGAAGAUGCUGCAGGUAACUGUCCCAUUGGUAAGAUUUUCUUUCUUCCUGCCAGUCCUCCCUGAUUUGAAUGUCACAGGGGUGACAUGACACUGGUUCUCAGCCUGAGGAGCUUAAUACAGAUCGCCUGGUCCCUGAGAUCCUGCCUCUAAAUGGAAAACACCAGCACAGUCCUCCAUCCAUCACCAAAGUAUGAGCCCAACACAAUAGAGUGAUGAUUUUUAAUGCUAUGCUUUCUUGAAAUGUUCCUGCUGAAAUGUAUGUUUCUAUUCCUUUCCUCCUCUUUUUGUGGCUUCUAUAUCCCGAAUCUCUGCUAGUUUCUGUUUCUGUAAA